GCUAGUAAAACAGUCCUGUAGUUUAGCAUCUGCUUCAUCUGACUACUUUUUUAUAGACCGAGGCACUGGUGCUUCCUGCUUUUAUAGUGUAGUGGGGUGUUAUUUUUAUUUCAAAACAUUUAGAUUUGUUUUUUGGGGGGUAAUUGUUGUGUUAGAUGGUAGGGUAUUUGUUUAUUUAUAAUUUUUUCAAGCAAAGCAUAAGGGAGUUGUACUCCAGUCUAGUAGGUGGCGGUAAUGCAACAUAUUGGAUGCCAACCGCCGUUAAACCUCAUCGAAUAAGUCACCGGAUAUGGUGCAGAGCGAGCGGGAAGUUGAACCAUUUGUAAAUUACUGGCAGAAAAGUGUUUUAUGGGAAAUCUUAAUAAAUGACCAACAGAGCAAAGACGAACUUUUCUUGUGAUAUUUUUGACAGUCAUACACUUGAAAACAAAGUACUUAGCCUGCUUACUAUUUAUUACAGGCACCUGGCAAGCUAACAUAUGUACGUGAUAGUAUUCGUUUUUGGUGAGUUUUCUUGUAGAUACGGGCAGCCAGAGCCAUUUUAUUUAGAAUAAAUAAAUACGUUACCCUUCUAACGUCGUUAGCUAGAUAACGCCUCGCUAGUUUCGACUAAGGUAAGGAUGGGGGACAGGACCCUCCUGCGGGAACUAAAGCGGUGGGCGAUUGAAGAAUUUAAUCUACCACCCCAAAGUCUCCCAAACGACAACUACUUUAAAACGUUAUGUGUUGGCCCAGGAGCCUCAAUAUGGAGAUAUGUCACACAACAUAUUUUCAAUCAGAGGAAUGUCAGGGUUAUGCGUGGAAAUCUUCAGUGGUACAAAGUUCUACAAGAUAAGGAGUUAAAAAAGGUAGCGGGGCAGAGUGAUGCUGCUAAGCGGCUUGAGCUUCAGGAGCAGAUAGAGGAGCUGAGAGCUGAACUCAACCACCUGGACUCUCAAAUCAAUGGGACUGAAGCACAGCUAGUUACUGAAGAAGAGUCCAUUAACUGGAGCUGGGAAAUGGUGGAGGAGAACCAACGCAGGGAGCUGCUUUUACAGGCCUUUAAGCAGCGCUGCAUGAAUGAGCGCCAGGUUCUCUCAGAGGAUACCAGCAAAAUCAGUGGACACUCCCAGGUUCUGGAGCAGCUGUCUAGGAAGGCAGAGCUGGAGGUGGUGUUUGGAAAUGAAGCCUCCAAUAGCAGUGGGGACUAUCUCAACCCAACAGGAGCAGAGCCUCAGGUUCUGCGUAAUGUGAGAGAGCUGUGUGAUGAAAGACUCCUCUUCUUCCAGUCUUUACAAGAGAGUGAGCUGAAAAUGGCAUCCUCCACUGCCACACACUUGACUCGUGAACAGAGAACUGCAGUAUUUCACCAUUGGUUAAGUGCUGUGGAGGACUUGUUGCGAUGCUAUCCUCCAAACCAAGUGCUGUCAGCCUUGCAGUACCUGGCCUUGGGACAGGAAAUUACAUUGCAGGAGAAGCUUGCCUCAUUGGAUGUGGCUCAUGAUGUUGCUGCAUUACGGUUUCGCUACGAGAGUAAUCACCUGUUAGACAUCUCGAAAGAAGAGGAAGAGCUACCACCCGUUAAGAGUCUUUUACAGUCAGCCUGGGAGGAGGUGGAACAGAGUCUGAUGGAACUGGCUCAAACGCGUUCACAAAUUCAACAGCUGAAGACCCAGCUUCAUGCCCGAAAGAAUGAGGCAGAGUUGGAGCUGCUUGGCGGGGAAUCUCAAACCCAAGCCCUGGCGCAGUCAGUGUUUGAGCUGGAGAUGCAGUGUGUGAUGCAGGCAGCAGUGCGAGAUGGUGUGCGAAACCAGUGUGUUGAAAUGGAGCAACAUGCCAGGGACAGACAGGAGGCCCUUCGCAACCUGCGGAGACAAUGGCAGAGCAUCACGGACUUCAGACAGCUUGUGGACGUCAGGCAGGAACAGACAAGAGGUCUGAUCAAGGGGAAUUCAACAGCUAAGACUGAACUGACUCGCGUGCACAAGGAGAUUGGCCAGUUUAUCCAGGGAAAACUGACUCCCCAGUUUGGUGAAGUUCUUUCAGCAGCCAAUAGGCUUCGCAACUCUGUGUCCCAGGAGGCCAGACAGUUUGGAAACGUGUCACUAGUAACACUUGAUCGCAGGCUCAUUGAAGGCGAGCAGAGAAUUCCAGCUGCGUGGUUAUCUAUCCAUCGCUUGCAUUCCUCGCCCUUCCACAAUCUGUGUCAAAGCAUGGCUUUUCCAAUGUACAGGGCCCCUGAGGAACUGUACUCGCAAGCUCUAUCCCAGCAUUUGGAGCUUCGCUUUCUGCGUCGUUUGCUGCAAUUUCACUCCUCCUCUUUAGCAAAUGUAGAGAAGCAAGGAGCGCUGCUACCGGCACCUGACCAACAAGCCCUCCUGCUACGUGUCCUGGAGGAAGAUAAGGAGCUGCUUCAGUCUUUGUUACCCAGGGUUUGGGAGCUCACCCAGUGCUGCUCACAGGGCCUUUCUUAUGGGAAUCAGGUCAAGACUGCCAUUUCCUAUUGGUGGGAUCAGCCUUCUCAGUUUGCUCUGCCUGACAUGCGCAAGGGGGGACUGACUUUUCAGCAGUGGCUACAGAGGUGGAAAUUUGCAGCCAAGGCUUCUUAAUGAGUUCCAUGGAAAAUAGACAAGUGCAUAGAUGGACAACAAUACUUGUCUAAAACUACAAUUUUAUUCCCACUAAGGUUAAUUUACUAUAUUGUUAGUUUUUCACAUCUCCUUUUUGCCAUUCAAUGUACACUACAUUGCCAAAAGUAUGUGGACACCCUUUCAAAUUAGUGGAUACGAUUAUUUCAGGCACACUCGUUGCUGACAGGUGUAUGAAAUCGAGCACACAGCCAUGCAAUUGCUAUAGUCAAACAUUGGCAGUAGAAUGGCUCGUACUGAAGAGCCCUGUGACUUUCCAAAGUCAUUUUUUUCUCCUUCAUAUUUCUGCCCUGCUAUAGCUGCCUCUAUCAACACAGUGCUGUUAUUGUGAAGUAGAAAUGUCUAGGAGCAACAGCCCAACUGCAAAGUGGUAGGCAACACAGAACAGGAUUGGCGAGUGCUGAAGCGAGUAGCGCGUAGAAAUCGUUUGCCCUAGGUUGCAACACUCACUACCGAGUUCCAAACUGCCUCUAGAAGCAACGUCAGCACAUUACUGAUCAUCGGGAGCUUCAUGAAAUGGGUUUCCAUGGCUGAGCAGCCGCACACAAGCCUAAGAUCA